GCCUGAAUCUGCUAGGGACUUGUUGUGAGAGAGAUGAUGGGAGUGUGGCAUUCUCAGAAGAAAAUAAACUCUACAAAAGGGUGAAGAAAACUCCCUCUUGAUUCAAUUCCAAUUCCAUGCUUGCAUUACUGCGCAUCAGAAGAACCAUCUUCACUUCAAACUCAAACAUACUCCCACUCUCUCACUCUCACUCUCACUCUCACUCAACACUAGCACUGCAACCCAUACAGCCCCUCACCAAAACGCAGCUCAAGACCCUCGUUCUCACUAACUACUCUCAUGGCAACUUCACCGACCUCGUCAAAAACGUCGUCGCUUCACCCUCCGUCCUCUUCACCGCCUGCUACAACCUCGCCGCCCCGCCGCGAACCCCGUUUCUCCCCGAGCGUUUCACCAUCGAAUCCGUGGGCCGCGAGCUCCGCGAGAAUCGGUUUGACGUUGGAGCGUGCUGCGUGCCGCUCACGCCGCCCUCAGGCCGGAUACACGCUUCGCCGUUGGUUCUGCCCAAUUUGAAGCUCAAGGUGGUGAUUGAAGCGGUGAGGAUGGUGCUGGAAGCGGUGUACGACGAGCGGUUCGCGACGUUUUGCUACGGUGGUCGUGUUGGGAUGGGGAGGCACACUGCGAUAAGGUACCUGAAAAACUCUGUUGAAAACCCUAGUUGGUGGUUUACUGUGAGGUUCAAGCCUCAGAAAUUUGAGCAUUUCCAUGUGGAGAAGUUGUGUUGUUUAAUUGAAGGGAAAGUUAAAGAUGGUGAUUUGAUUGAUUUGAUAAAGAGGUUGUUUGAACAUAAGGCUUUGGUGAUUGAAUUUGGUGGGAAUAGUCUUGGAAGAGGGCUUCCUCAGGAAUGUGGGUUGUGCUCAAUUUUGAUGAAUAUAUACUUUGAUGGGUUUGAUAAAGAGAUUCAGGAGAUAAGGCUUAGGGAAAAUCGAGAGAGUCGUGAAUUGAAUCCAAAGCUGAAUGAUUCAGGUUUGGAAUCUGGUGUGUUUUACAACCCAGUUAAGGUGUAUGCAGUGAGGUACUUGGAUGAGAUACUUGUUGCCACGUCGGGGUCGUCGAAGAUUUUGGCGAUGGAGUUGAUGAGGGGAGUUGUGGCAAGUUUGGAAGUUGAUUUGUGUUUAUGUGUUGAUAAAGUGAAUACUGCAAUCCAUAGCGCGGUGUCUGAGAAGAUUGAAUUUCUUGGGAUGGAAUUACAGGCUGUUGCGCCUUCGGUUCUGAACCCGCCUAUGUCACAGAAAGCAAUGAGGGCAAGGAAGAAGUACCUUAGACAGAAGGAAGUCAGAGCUCUAGAGUUGAAAAAUGCCAGAGAAAGGAACAGAAGGAAAUUGGGGUUGAGGAUAUUUAAUCAUGUUUAUAAGAAGAUGAAGCGAAGUGAUGGGUUUAAAUUUGAAUUUAGUAUUGAAAAUGAGGUCCGGGAAAUUGUUAAAUCUUGGGCAGAUGAAGUAGUGCUAGAGUUCUUGGGGAAUGUGGAUGAGUGUCAAGAAUGGCAUCGAAGUCUAACAGCUGGAGACUUCCUAUCCUUGAGGCACAUUAGAAAUCAAUUACCACCUGAGCUUGUUGAUGCUUAUGAUGAGUUCCAAGAGCAGGUAAAUAAGCAUUUGAAUCCUGUAAAGGCUAGGAAAGCAAUUGAGGAAGAAGAAAUAAGGGAAAAAGAAGAGGAGGAACAAAGAUAUGCAAAAGGAACAGUUGAUGAUUUGACGAGGCUCUGUAUGAAAGUUGAUGCACCAGUGAUACUAAUUAGAAAAGCUGUUAAGCUGUUUGGGUUUACAAAUCAUAUGGGUCGUCCAAGGCCAAUUGAAUUCCUUGCUGCUCUUGAGGAUUCUGAUAUUAUCAAAUGGUAUGCUGGCGUAGCACGAAGGUGGCUAGAUUUCUUCUGCUGUUGUCACAACUUCAAGAUGGUGAAGACUAUUGUGAGUUAUCAUUUGAGGUUCUCUUGUAUCUUGACUUUAGCAGAGAAGCAUGAAUCCACUAAGCGCGAAGCAAUAAAGCAUUUCAGCAAAGAUUUAAAAGUGUAUGAUAUGAAUGGAAAUGAUGAAGUGCAUUUUCCAACAGAAAGAGAAAUUAAGAUGAUGGGAGAUAAAAAUCUUUCAGAUCCAAAACCUGUAGACGGGGCUUUAUCUUUGGCUAUAGUAAGGUUGGCUUAUGAUGAGCCUCCAUCCCAUUGUAUUGCCCAUUUCUGUGACAACUCAACUAGAGUCUUUUAUCGGGUCCAUUUGCUGCAAAACAGUUUGAAUUUGAACCCAUUGGAGAAUGAAAAAUGGGUGCAAGGGAUGGGUACAAUUCAUGAAAGCUUGAAUAGGAAGUGCCUCCCUCUCUGUACUGAUCAUGUACAUGAUUUGUACAUGGGGAGAAUCACUCUUCAAGACAUUGACUGUUCUUCUUGUGUGGAUGUGGACUGACUGCUGCUGCUAACUCAUUUUUACAUUGACUAGAAUCAACAGAGUGAGUUCUUUAUACAUUACUUUUUUUUGGUAGGUUAGGUACCAGAAAAAUGGCAAAAAAUCAUUGUACUCGUGCAAAUUCCAUGCCUGUAUCAAGUUAUUAUAGUGUUUAGAUUUGGAAAAUGAAAAGAAAAGGAAAUUCAGAGUUAUUUAUUCUUCAGAUUCUUCAAUUGUAUAUUUGUGAGUUUGCUCAGAAGUCCCUAGGCGAAAUUUUUCUUGAGGUCAUAAUUAUAAUUGGUUCUUGAGACUUCAAAAAAUUCACUACUAUAUUAAAUAGUUGAGACCUUAUUUUUUUGAG